AUGGCGGAGCCGUGCCCGCCCGGCGGGAUCGACCCGCGCAGCGGCUUCUGCGCCGCGACGCGGACCUUCCACAGCCUGCGCCCGUCCGCCGAGCUCCCGCCGGACUCGCUCCCGGCCACCGCGGCCGCCUACGCCUUCUCCAUCCUCUCCUCCCCGCUCCCCGACCGCCCCGCCCUCGUCGACGCCGCCACCGGCAUUGCCGUCUCCUACCCGUCGUUCCUCGCCGCCGUCCGCUCCCUCGCGGGGGGCCUCUGGUCCGUCCUCGGCCUCCGCCCCGGGGACGUCGCCCUCGUCGUCUCACCGUCCCGCAUCGACGUCCCCAUCAUAGACUUCGCGCUCAUGUCCAUCGGCGCUGUCGUCUCGCCUGCCAACCCGGCGUCCACCGCCGAGGAGUACGCGCACAUGGUCGCGCUCUCCAGACCGGUCGUCGCGCUCGUGGCACCCGAGGUGGCCGCUAAGCUGCCGAGGAACCUCAGGUGCGUCGUCAUCGGCUCGGAUGAGUACAAGGGCCUGUCCUCCGCCGGCGGUGCGGCGCCGCCCCCGCCGGUGGCGGUGAAGCAGUCCGACACGGCGGCCGUGCUCUACUCGUCGGGCACUACGGGCCGGAUCAAGGCCGCCGCGGUCUCGCACCGCAACCUCAUCGCCGUGCUCUGCGCGCACAGGGACAACCGGGCUAUAGCGGACAAGGAGGCUGCCGAGGCCGGCCAGGAGCCGCUCCCGCCUACGGUGACGCUGUUCCCCCUCCCGCUCUUCCACGUGUUCGGGUUCAUGAUGGUGCUCAGGUCCGUGGCCAUGGGGGAGACCGCCGUCCUCAUGGACCGCUUCGACUUCAUCGCCGCGCUGCGCGCCAUCGAGCGGUACCGCGUCACGCUGCUCCCCGCGGCGCCGCCGGUGCUGGUGGCCAUGAUCAAGUCCGAGGAGGCGCGCCGCCGCGACCUCUCCUCCCUCAUCGUCAUCGGCAUCGGCGGCGCGCCACUCGGCCGCGAGGUCGCCGAGCGCUUCGCCGCCAUCUUCCCCAACAUCGAACUCGUUCAGGGCUACGGUCUGACGGAGACAUCUGGCUCGGCGGCUUCGACGGUUGGGCCAGAUGAGUGCAAAGCGUACGGUUCGGUCGGGAAGCUGGCAUCGCACUUGGAGGCGAAGAUCGUCAAUCCCUCCACCGGCGAGGCGCUGGGGCCGGGGCAGCGCGGCGAGCUCUGGGUCCGGGGACCAGUCGUCAUGAAAGGCAAGCGAGCUUUCUUAAUUCUCAAGCAGCAUGGUUAUGUGGGUGACUACGAGGCUACUGCAGCAACAGUGGAUUCAGAAGGCUGGUUGAAAACUGGUGACCUAUGCUACUUCAAUGAGGAUGGGUUUCUCUACAUUGUUGAUCGGUUGAAAGAGUUGAUAAAAUACAAGGGAUAUCAGGUACCUCCAGCCGAACUGGAGCAUAUCCUGAAUUCUCAUCCUGAUAUCAUUGACGCAGCAGUUAUCCCGUAUCCAGACGAAGAUGUCGGGCAAGUACCAAUGGCUUUUAUAGUGAGGAAACCGGGGUCAAACCUUACCGAGCAACAAGUCAUGGAUUUCGUGGCUAAACAGGUCGCACCGUACAAGAAAGUCCGUCGAGUGGCCUUUGUUUCUGCAAUUCCCAAAUCGCCUGCUGGGAAGAUCUUGCGGCGGGAACUUGUAGAGCAGGCCGUGUCCAUGGUUACCUCCAAGCUUUGA